AUGAAGCCUAAUGAUGCCAUGCAGCCUGACGAAAGAUGCCAGAAAUGCAGUGAACAAAUCUUCAUGAGUGAGUGCGCGUAUAUUAUGGGCCCAUAUAAAUGUUUGGUGGAGAGCUUGCGCGGUAUGCGAAUCUUGGCGUCAGAAGCUGUGCUACGCGGACAGCCUGUGUUCUUGUCCUGUGACUACGACCUCGAGGAUGCUUCACUCUACUCCAUCAAGUGGUAUCUCAACGAUCAGGAGUUCUAUCGAUAUGUCCCGAAAGAAUCGCCUCCCACGCGAGUAUUCGCACUACCCGGCUUACAUGUGGAUGUCUCCAAUUCAGACUCGCAUGGAGUGAUGCUUCUGAAUGCCAGUCGACCGCUGACCGGUCAAUACAAGUGCGAAGUUUCAGCAGAUGCACCUCUAUUUCACACUGACAUCAGAUCCACUCAUCUUACUGUUGUUGGUAUGUACAAUUUCAUUUGAAGAUAGUUGUAGGUUAGGUUAUAGAUAACCAGUACAAUCAUUAUAUGUUAUUUCCAAUUCAGAUUCU